GGACGGACAUCUUCGCCGUCUAUGCCCUAGCCUCGACAUGAGCAGCUCCAAGCGCUCCAAGAGGAAGAAGGAUGCCAAGAACAAAGAGGUAAAGAAGGAUCUGACUCCGCAGUUUGUCAACUGUGACCUGGCAGACAACAAGUACUCAGGGAUCAUUCGCGAGGACCUCCUUGGUUCGCAAUUCUUGGAAGGCGGCAGCUCUACGUAUCUCUGGUCUACCGGAACAAAGUACGAAGGGCCUUUCGUGGCAAGUCAGAUUGAAGGUAAAGGAAGGUAUAUUUGGCCGGAUGGAUCCAAGUACGAGGGCGAGCUCCUGCGCGGCAUGCGCAACGGAGAGGGCUCGUACCAGUCUCAAGAUGGCAAGACUCGUUACGACGGCCAGUGGUUGGAUGGCAAGCGCCAUGGGAACGGAAAGCUGACAUACAGCUCAGAUGGCCCGUCAUUCUAUGACGGUGGAUGGCAGGCUGGCCAGAAACAUGGCUUCGGGAAGCAGCUCUGGCCCAGUGGAAACUGCUAUGAGGGCAGAUGGAAGAUGGGCAAGAUGCACGGACAUGGCACCAUGAUUUGGCGCAAUGGAAACAGUGCUGAAAUUUACACUGGGGAAUGGGUUGACAACUACCCGCACGGUGCUGGCACCCAUACCUGGCUCACACUGGACCACCCUGACGCUAUAGAGAGCUGGCUCAAUCGACCGUCGCCACCGCCCUCCGCUGGACAGGGUGCACCAGCCCCAAGUGCCCCGCCACAGGAGAUGCGGAAACAUGAAGCACAGAUUCAUGCGACGCAGCAGCUCAACAAUCGAUACACCGGACAAUGGGUCUGGGGCAGGCGUGAAGGAAUCGGCACAUUCUACUAUGCCAACGGAGCAUACUACCAUGGGGAAUGGAAAGCUAAUGUCAAAGAGGGCCAUGGCCGUCACACCUUUGAUGAUGGGAAGGUGUACCAGGGGAGCUUUGAAGCCGACCGCAUGGUGGACAGCAAACCGGACACUGCAAAGACAGAUGACAACCCCGUUUGCGGCUGCACCGACAUUUCUGACCUGGAGAUGAUUCUCAGGCCAAGCGACAAGGCUGGACUGGCAAAGACGCCGCCUACAGGCUAUGCUGACGCCGCCAAGAUCCUGAAGGGAAUUUUCAACGUUCUCCUAAGGAACUUGGGAGACCUUCGAGAGGCUCUUUCGAUCAAAUGUCACAUCUCACUUGCAAAUCGCACGAACCAUGUUGGCCAGUCUUAUGCCCGUUCGCGGGCCGUCCAGCCACUCUUGGGGGAGGAUCCGCAUGUGGUGACUCUUGUUCAGUUUUGGAGCCUGGCCAGAGAUGCAGGCAUCCUCACGCCCAACAGCACUAUUUCCCGUUUCGAUCGAGCUGUCUUUUCUGGCCCUAGGCAUCAAAGCGAGGUGGCACCUGAAGAUGAGCAGGAGAUCCGUGCAAUGACACCUCGGUUUGCAUCCAAAGAAUCCAAAGAAUCCGUGAGGGUGCCAUCCAGCACGAGCAAGUCAGAGUCCGUGCAGGCUGAAGAGUCUGCAGAGGCAGACGAUGAUACCCUUGAUGAGGAAGUGGAGGCGCUUUGCGAAGAUUUCGAUUCCCCAGGAGCCAGCGCGCUGGGCAGAAAGUACUUGCGCCUAACGCGUGUAGAUGGGAACUUGGUGCAUAUCCAUUCCGCUGCCCGACCACUGCUGUUUCGACACUUCCUGGAGAGCUUCAUUCGAGUGGCGCCGGUGCGCUUCCCCAAUGAACCUGGCCUUGAACAACAGGUCAAUCGUCUCUUCAAAGAGCAGGUAAUGCCCUGCAUUAAGAACGUGCCGUCGCAGAAAACGGAAGGGGGAGGACUCAUCAGCAUGUUGGCCAACUUCCGGCGGCCCACAACCUCCGUCUUUGGGCUCUUCACCCAGCCCGAGGUCCGAGAAGUGGUGCAGGAGUUGGAGCCUGCGAUCUGGAAAACCUUUGUGGAGCUCUCUGGAGACCCGCUGGCAGAAGAGGCCGCAGACGCUAUUCCCGGCGGCGGCAUUUUUGCGGGGUCUUGCGGGCUGGGAGCCAACCCCUCGAACGAGGCAAGUGCUGUGAGCCCACCGAGCCACUCCAGGACCUCUGCGUCAGGUGCGGAUCAUUUCAAGGCCAACGGCUGGGCAGCACCAUCACGACAGCUGCACGUCUUGGCACGGCUCAACGUUGGAGUCCGCAUCAAGGAUGUGCUUCGCUUCCUGGACUCCCUUGGGUUUCUGCGGAACACGCAGCUUCUCAAGGAGCAGAACAGACCGCUCUUGGAGGUACUCUCUGGAUCUGAGGGGGACUCCGUCAACAACUUGUUAGGUCCAAUCGGAAGUGGACUUUCGCAGGAGCCCGUGGAAGAAGAAAACCAAAGCGAGGAUGACGAAGGCUCUGGUGGCAAUUCUGCCCCUGAGGAGGAGGAGGAUCGGCCCAAGCAGUUGCCCGGACUCUCCAUCAGCUUCAUGCCCAAGGGCUCUCUCCUAGGUGGAGGGACGGAUACCAACCCAAAGGAGGAGAGCAGAAAAAGAAAGUCCGACAAGGACAAGAAAGACAAGAAAGAGGAGAAGGAAGUUCGCACGCCUGCCGAAGACCUGGCUACCAUCAACCUCACAAUCGAUGCCAUCGAUGUGAUUCGAAUCUUAGCACAGGUGCUGUCACCUGCAUCUUUAGACUUGCUGCGGUGGCAGUCUGAGAAAGAUGAGGAGAAGCAGGAGGUGACGGCAUUCGAUGAGCACGUCUCGAUCCUUGAGUUUGUGGAGUCCGAAGUGGUAUUUGCCGAAUUCAUGCGCUUCUUGUUCCUCAUGGCCGAGCUCACUACACGCCGGGACUACAAGUUCUGCCGCAGCGUUUCCUUGACAACUCGCCUGGACCUAUUCCUGCGCAAUGUAAUCUUUCAUUGCCAAGCGCGCAGCAGAUACUUGCCGCCAGAUCCACCUGGCGACAAAAGCAGGAAUCCGCUGCCACGAAUGGAAGUCGUGAAGUCGGAUAGAUCUGAAGCGGAGUCGCCGCAAGAAGCGACACCUCUAGGCUUGCUGGAGCUUCACAAAGCUGAUGCAACCGAGGAGGUCUGGACAGGCUACAGCUGCUGCGAUGACAACGCUCCACGAAGGUGGCUGGAGGGCUAUGACGCGCAGGUGGCAGAGUGGUGAAUUUAUUUGCUCGAUAAUAGUUUCGUGUCUCACUUCGUAUUGUAUUUCCAUUGUUCACAGAACGUUUCACCAGAGUCACGUUGUUUCACAAAGAUGUGCCUGAACAUCGGGG